AUGCCGGACUCGCGUGCAGUCUUGCAAUCAAACUCCUAUCCAACGUGGGAAAUCGAACAACACGGCCUCAGCCACGUCGACGCUAACGAAUUGUUCAAGCGAAGCCAUCAAGCCCCGCUGCCAGAUUAUCUAGCAGUUUUAUACAUACUUAUCCGUCUGGACGACGAACUGGGUUUGCCAGCCGCCAUUAUCUCUGACCGGGACCCCAAGUUUGUGCAGGGUUUCUGGGAGCAGCUGUUCACCAUGCUCAAGGUAGAUUCGCUCUACUCCGUCGCCUACCAUCUCCAGACCGAUGGCGAGUCGGUACGUACCAACCUGCUAACCGAGAUCACGCUCCGCCAUUCGGGGUAA